CUUAUCCAUUAAUGGAUUUUUGGUGAAUCUAAAAUUAAACGUUUCAGAGUUAAAUUCCAUUUUUUAGAUGCAACACGAGUAAAUAGUGGUCGCUGAUUGGUCGGCUUGGGAGGGAAGUUUUAAACAACAAAGCUUGCCAGAGUGGAGCCAAAUUUUAAAAUCUCAUCGAAUAAUUUUACGCAAAGUCACUUUCGGUUGCUCAAAUUUUGUUUUUAUUGAUCCAGUUUGAUAGAACUAAAUUGAAAAAUGGCAAAGGACCGAGAAAAAGUUGAACGUCAAAAUGAAGAGACCCUGCCGUCUUUCAUCAUGCUCUCCCCGAUUUCCGAACUCGACCAGCGUGACGGGAGACGUCAGACAACAUGCCUUACAAGACCUCACAUCUAUGUCGGACCACACGACGGCCGGUCCCUCAGUACCAGUACGCCCCACUCGCGACGCAGCCUCCCACUGGAGUUACCAUCGUUUGAUGAAGUUGACGGCUGCCUUUUACGAACACCCAGUCUCCCUGUCCUCGAAACAUUCGUUAGCGACAAUUCCGUUUGUACGCCAAGUGGAGAAGAAAAUCAUAAAACAGACACCUCUUUUAGAGUUCCUGGUGUUCCAGCUUUUGACUUGGACAGCUUCGUCAUCAUCGAGGGAGAGGACGAACUGAAAAAGUGUGAAAAUAAACCUGAUAGUGAUAGUUCUCUCCAAAGUAACGAAACGAUGAAGCCAGUUGAAAACGCGACAACACAGGACAUGAAUGAAAGUGACACUAGUUUACCAGCCCCAGAUGUGAUUUCGUCGUCGUUUGAAUUCAAGAAACCUCUAUCGUCUCCUCCCUGGAGUAGAAAACGCCUCCCAGUUGCCUCGGUUACUCAACUACACAAGGAUUCGCUUCGAGACGAGAGUGAUGCGCCAUGUUACUGUCACUGUCAGGUCCCCACCAAAGGCGAAGCAGACUUUACAAAUAUUUCAGUCCAGUCUGACCGAUCUCUAAGCAAUAAUUCGAUUCUCUCAACCUGCAUGGACUUGUCUGUUGUGAGCCACAAUGACUCAGGCUACCAGACUUUCAACAGCACUGCGUCCUCCGUGAUGGAAAACACUCAGAAUCUGUCUUGCGCCAGUAACAAAGACAUUGCGCUCGUCCCUCCAAUGCCCUACAUUCCGCUACCCCCGUUUCCAAUAUCUGCUGAAGUGAAACAACUCACAUUCGAAGAAGCCUUAGAAAAGCAUUCGCCUUCAUAUCAAACAUUCCGAGACGCCAUGAUCGGACGGAAAAUUGGCAUCGAAGCUGUUGAUAUCGUUUCGGCACUUCACAACAAGGGAGCGUGGCCAUGUUUGCGUCUCAUCUUCAGUAAGCUGGACGUGAAGGACUUAAAGUGCGUCUGUUCUGUCAGUAGGACGUGGAAGAGGGUGUGUCUAGAGGACACGCGGACGAGGCAGCGACUAAAAGAUGAUAAGACGAAAUCUAGGGACAAGGCUCUGUUCUUGGGCAAGGAGAACCUACAGAAGCUGAAGCUGAGAGCAGCAGCAUCAGUAGCUGCAUCGACCGAUCUAACGUCUCGGAAGAAGCCAGCCCUUUCAUGCAACUCGUUCCUACAGAAUAAAGAGAAGUUGUCAACUGCUCUGCCCAUCUCACCAACCAAGCUUCUGACCAGGGGUGAACAGUAUGUGCAGGAGGCUUCAAAGUUAAAGAACGAGGAAUAUCUUGACCAAUGUCCACGCUGCGUCUUCCCGGCCAAGGUUCACAAGGUGCAAGAGAGAGGGCGUUGCACGAAACAGACCUGUUUGUACGAUUACUGCAUCAAGUGUCGCAUGGCGUUUCAUGGCUCAAAACCUUGUUCGGUCGUCGAAGGGAAUCGGACAAAGAUGGGCGGUGUAGCGACAAAACGGAGCAAGAAAAAUUUGAGACGAUUGUGACAGCUUGUGUUAUGGUGAUACAAAGCUGACUUUUUUGCCUCUGGUGUCUAUCUACUGAACUCUCAGUGGUAGAGACUUCUUGCCUUCUCUCCAAAGCAGAGAUGCUAACUGCUGUUUGGGCUCUGUCGGCUGGGACCAAUCAAGAUAUGAGGUUCAUCAAAGCCAAUCUGCAGCACAGUGCCAUGGCCGUGAAAGCUAAGGAUGAAUUGUAUACUAUGGGAUUAGGUCUCUUCAGGCCCUGGCUCAACAAGUUUUCUUGGACAUUUAGACAGCCGCUUCGAGCGAGUGGAUUUUUGAGAAAACUAUACACAAACAUUUUACACAUACAAUUUACAACAUUGAUUUUAUAUUGAAAUGAGGGAUUAUGAGGACUGCCAAUCCGUAUGUGUUCACUAAAAUAAUCAUGCAUUUCUUUAUUCACGUAAUUCUAUGUUAGAAGUUUGGCCAAUUGAAGUGUUCAAAGUUUAUUAGUGCAUUUAACUAGUUGGUAAUAUUCUUGGGCGGGUAAAAGCAUGUUGCAUGUUCAUUUAGCCAGGUGGGUGGGCGUUGCGUGCAUUGGGAGAUCAAGAGAUCAGCAAUAUUUUAAACUAGUGCCUUACAUGUUGUGUGUUGUCUUAUACGAUUUU